AUGGAUUUUGCAAAAGAGAAAACUGAAAGAGUUUUAGAUGUGCAAAAAGAGAAAGAUGCACGAAAGUGUUCAGAAAACCUAAAUGCUCCUGAAUCUGGAAUGUAUUUUAUCUCAUUUAAUGAUCUUUAUGAGUACUAUAGAGAAUAUGGGAAGCAAGAGGGUUUUGGAAUAAAAAAGAAAGCAACACGUGCUUCAGAAGACAGAAAAAUAAAAUUUUUGACUUUGUCGUGUUCUCGAGCUGGAAAAUCUGCAUCACAAAAGCAACAUUGUCUUAAUUCAAAUCCUUUAACAAGAAUGGAAUGUAAGGCCAGGGUUAAUGGUACCAUUCUUGAAGAUGGAAAAUCUGGUGGUCAUGAUAAUGUUUCAUUCUUAGAGAAGGAAUGUAGAAAUCUUAUUGAGAAAGCAAGACGAUUACAACUUGGGAUGAUAAGUCAAGAAUCAAACAUGUAUUUUUGGGCUGAUGAAAGAAGUAGAGCAAUAUAUGAUGAAUUUGGUGAUGUGGUUUCAUUUGACACUACUUAUUUGACAAACAAGUAUGAUAUGCCCUUUGCGCCUUUUGUUGGAGUAAAUCACCAUGGCUAG